AGGGAUAAAGAUGAAAUGCAGCUUCAUUCAUUUUGGCUUGAUGCUCAUGAUCCUUCUUAUUGCUUGUCGUGCAGUAAACAUGGAUACACCGAAACAUAUUAGCUUAAACUGUGUUUGAACAUCAAAAGAUAGCAAAGAUGUGUGGCGGAAGGGAAGAUCACUUUGUGUUUGGCCCGUGGAAAGUGUUCGCAAAGUCUAAUCACAUCUUGCAGUCGCAGUGUCCAACUCCGUCGGUAUGCAUCAAGGCUCUCGAAGAUGAAACAGGAGGUGAUUCACAAAUAUGCAUGCUGUGCAGGUAUAUCAAAGAGCUCAAGCUUCCAUGUCACCCAGACAUGACAUUUGCAAGUAACAUCCUCCGCCUGGAGCACACCUCGGGUUGUGGCAUGGAAUUCACGUGCUUGGAUGCCCUUCGAUGUCUCAGUAGUGAGAAUUAUGUACCCAAAGUUGCCAUUGCGCAGGCCUGGCAAGAGGCUAGAUCAGACACUGACUGCCCCAAGGAAGUCGUGAACCCUUUUGACUGGACAUACACCACAGAUUACAGGGGAACCUUUUUAAGUACAGGUAAAGAGAUUCAGGUGAGGGACACAACGGAACGCAUCGACAUGGAAAAGCUCAAGGUGCGUGAACAGAUAGUCUUCUACCAAGACAUCUGUCUCUACGAGGACGAGUUGGCCGACCAUGGCAUUGCACAGUGCUCUGUCAAGAUGCGCAUCAUGAAGAACAACUUCUUCAUCUUGUUGCGCUACUUCCUGAGGAUCGACAACGUACUCAUUCGCAUGAACGACACACGCAUCUAUCAUGAGGCUGGCUGGGAUUACCUUCUUCGAGAGUAUACCAGCAAAGAAGCGAAGGCCAAUCAGCUCGAUGUUCCAGUCAGUGUGCUGACCAAUCCGGCGGCGCUGAGCGAGCAUCUUCCAGUCAAGUCCGUCCACCUCGAGAAGCUGGUCCUGCCGGCGUCUUAGGUGAGGACCAAGGAAGCCAUUGCUGAUCGCCAGCUGUGGUACGCAACGAGACAGUUUUCGUUCUUUAGUUGUCGUUGCAGCGUCUGGACGAAAAAGCAAGAAAGAAGCAACGUUGAAUGGAUGUGCGCGGUCCAGGACACAUAUUAGUGUGCGUGUGCGACAACGUGUAUACGGUUAAAUUUGUGCGACCAGUUGCAGUACGGUGUACUUAUUAAACUCGUCGGAGCAGGCAGUAUUACCUCCAAGGCCUCUGCGCACCUAGGCAGCACUUGAAAGCGUUGUGUCUCUGGAAUAGCAGAGUGCUUCAAAACGUCCUGCAUAAACGUUUUUU